UCACAAUCAAAAAUGAAAGUCUAACAGUUAAAAUCAGUGCUUCGUUUUCCACGUUACGAUGACAAUUUGGGUUUUUUACAUCAUAGAAUCAGCCAUUUGAGGCGGCAUCUUAGACUUGAACAAUAGUUCGCAUAGAAAUAUUAAUUCUUUGAACAUUCCCCUGUCUGAGCUCAUGCUUUGAUCUUCAGGGGGUGAGCUUCAUCCUUCCUUUAAAUACCACCUCCAGAGCUCAUACUUUCUCACACCAACAUCAAUAUUCUCUUAGCUUCUUCCACAUUACAAUCUUCUCAUUUUAAGCUCUUUAAUCUUCAUCAUGGGCGUGUUCACUUAUGAAACCGAGUUCACCUCUGUCAUCCCACCACCAAGACUCUACAAGGCCUUUGUCCUUGAUGCUGAUAACCUCAUCCCCAAGAUUGCACCACAGGCUGUGAAGAGUGCUGAAAUCGUUCAAGGUGAUGGAGGUGUUGGAACCAUCAAGAAGAUUCACCUCGGUGAAGGAAGCGAAUACAGCUAUGUCAAGCAUCAGAUUGAUGGACUUGACAAAGACAACUUUGUGUACAACUACAGUAUAAUUGAAGGUGAUGCUAUCGGAGACAAAGUUGAGAAAAUCUCUUACGAGAUUAAGUUGGUGGCAUCUCCAAGUGGAGGCUCCAUCAUCAAGAGCACCAGCCACUACCAUUGCAAAGGUGAGGUUGAGAUCAAGGAAGAGCAUGUCAAGGCCGGAAAAGAAAGAGCCGCUGGUUUGUUCAAGAUCAUUGAGAACCACCUUUUGGCCAACCCUGAGGCCUACAACUAAAUCAAACUAUGAUAAUGCUACUGCAUUAUACUGUGUCGUUGUGUCAUGUUCUUUAUAUAUUUGGUGUGGCUUUGAUAUUCAUUUCCUUUUCUAUCGUACCAAGCCAGAGAUUGUUUUGGCUUGCAGUCACAGUGAUGACGAAUUGUGAAGUUUUUUCAUUUCAUUUGAAUAAGUAAAGAAUAAAACGUUUGUUCCUCUUCAUACAAA